AUGAACUGGCAAGCCGAAAAGGGGUGUGGCAGAAGGUUACACGCACAUGAAUACCACUUUCACUUCUUGGUCACCUGCAGCGCCUUGAUGGCCCGCGUGACGAGCCGCUGGCCGGCCAUCGACGAGCAGGGAGUGGCUGCCGACCUUGAGUUCAUCGUUCUCCACUUCGACCGCUGUGUGAAAGCGACAAACCAAACUGUGCUAAAGCUGUCCGUGCUGCCGCGGGCUGAUGUGGAAGACGAGAUCAACUUGCCGCACGGGACGAGUGAUCUGCCGAAGGAGACCCUGAUCUUCCCCCUCCGGGGGCAGCGCAUCGGCCCGAACCGCCAGAUUCAUAUGUCUCUCGCGGGAGAGCCGGUCGUCAGUUGCGAGGAUGAGGAGCCAAUCUGCAAUGACUUCGACUCCGUCUUCUACACGGUCGUGUCGGAUCCGCGUGUGGUCAGGACGGACCUUGUGGAAGAUCGGUGGCUUCGGUCAAUCUUUGACUUGCCCGUCGAGGACCUAUACCUGUAA